CGCUCUGGGACCCGGAUGCGACGCCCGCGGGGUCGCCGCAGCACGGCCGUCGAUCAAGGUCGCCUUGGGGGCGGGGCGUGGCCCGGCGGCGCUUCCGCCUGCGCGAGGCAGCGCGGGGCCGCUCGGCGGCGCCGGGCACAGCGGAGAACCUGCGUCGGCAGCCACUGGCCGCGCGGCCGGAUGAGGGGGGCGAUGGAGCUGGAACCCGAGCUGCUGCUGCAGGAGGCCCGCGAGAAUGUGGAGGCGGCGCAGAGCUACCGGCGGGAGCUGGGGCACCGGUUGCAGGGGCUGCGCGAGGCGCAGAGGCAGAUCAAAGAGAGUGCAUCACAGACGAGGGAUGUCCUCAGACAACAUUUUAAUGAUUUAAAGGGAACCCUUGGGAAGCUCCUGGAUGAGCGACUGGUGACCCUGUUGCAAGAGGUGGAUACCAUUGAACAGGAGACCAUUAAACCACUGGAUGACUGCCAAAAGCUCAUUGAGCAUGGAGUUACCACUGCAGAGGACUUGGUCCGAGAAGGUGAGGUCGCCAUUCUUGGUGGUCUAGGAGAGCAGAAUGAGAAACUGUGGAGCUUUACCAAAAAGGCUGCACACAUCCAGCUGGACAGCUUGCCAGAAGUGCCUUUACUGGUUGAUGUGCCUUGUUUAUCUGCUCAGUUGGAUGACUCAAUUCUUAACAUAGUGAAAGACCACAUUUUUAAGCAUGGAACAGUAGCAUCUCGCCCACCAGUACAGAUAGAAGAACUAAUAGAGAAACCUGGAGGCAUCAUAGUCCGCUGGUGUAAGGUGGAUGAUGACUUCACAGCCCAAGAUUACAGGCUUCAGUUCCGUAAAUGUACUUCAAAUCAUUUUGAGGACGUGUAUGUUGGUUCUGAAACAGAAUUCAUUGUACUGCACAUAGACCCCAAUGUGGAUUACCAGUUCCGGGUCUGCGCCCGAGGAGACGGCCGACAGGAGUGGAGCCCUUGGAGUGUCCCCCAGACGGGCCAUUCUACCCUCGUGCCUCAUGAGUGGACAACUGGCUUUGAGGGGUACAGUCUGAGCAGUCGAAGGAAUAUAGCCCUCCGGAAUGAUUCUGAAUCCUCGGGGGUCCUCUACUCCAGUGCACCGACUUAUUUCUGUGGGCAGACGUUAACAUUCAGAGUUGAAACUGUGGGCCAGCCGGACAGAAGAGACAGCAUAGGAGUGUGUGCAGAGAAGCAGAACGGCUGGGACUCUCUGCAGCGCGACCAAGCUGUGUGCGUCAGUACAAACGGUGCAGUGUUUGUAAAUGGAAAAGAAAUGACGAAUCAGCUGCCUGCAGUUACUUCUGGGUCCACUGUCACGUUUGACAUCGAAGCUGUGACUCUAGGAACUGCCAGCGCUAAUGAAGGCGGCAACUUCAAGCUUCGAGUAACCAUCAGCUCUAAUAACAGAGAAGUAGUUUUUGAUUGGUUGCUUGAUCAGUGCUGUGGCUCUCUCUACUUCGGAUGCUCAUUUUUCUAUCCUGGGUGGAAAGUGUUAGUGUUCUAGAUUUUUGGAUGCUUGGCUUAGGUUUGCAGUGUUAACUGUAGCUGUCCUCACUUUAGCUUAGCUGUGAUGGAUUAAAAAAAUAUAUAUAGUUUAAUUCAUCUCUGAGGCCAUUGGAAAUGGAAUGUGUUUACUGGAGUCAUUUUAUAAUAUUUUGGCAAUAAGGGACUUGAUUGUUGACAAAACCAUAAUUCAGUCACUUUUGCUUUUGGCAUUCUGCCAACUGAAGUAUUACAUCACAGAAAAAAAAUAGGUUGACUUUUAAAGUAUGACAAGGUACAGAAAGUCUAUGCCCUACCACUGUAUUUCUUCCUAAAACUGAUUAUUAGAAACUUUUAGUGUAACAUUGCUUUAUUAAAUCUCCAUCAAGCUCCAUAUUAAACUUUAAAAUAGAACAACAGGAAUGGGCCAGACAGAAGCCAGAGUUCUGUGGCGUCCGUGCAGUCGUGUGCCCUCCGCGAGAGCGUGUUGGCUGUUGGCUCUGUGUGCUGGCCUCAGGUUUUUUUUCUUUUUUCUUUUUUUUUUUUUUUGACAGGCAGAGUGGACAGUGAGAGAGAGAGAGAGAGAGAAAGGUCUUCCUUUGCCGUUGGUUCACCCUCCAAUGGCCGCCGCGGCCGGCGCGCUGCGGCCGGCACACCGCACUGAUCCGAUGGCAGGAGCCAGGAGCCAGGUGCUUUUUCUGGUCUCCCAUGCGGGUGCAGGGCCCAAGCACUUGGGUCAUCCUCCACUGCACUCCCUGGCCACAGCAGAGAGCUGGCCUGGAAGAGGGGCAACCGGGACUAGAACCCGGUGUGCUGGCGCCGCUAGGCGGAGGAUUAUCCUAGUGAGCCGUGGUGCCGGCCUGGCCUCAGGUUUUUGUAAGCAUGAAUUCUGUACCAUGUUCAGUCAUCUUUAACGCCCAAAAGCAACAGAAUUUUUGUUUUUUUUUUUUUAAAGAAUGCUUGAGCACAUGUCUGUGAUUGGCAGGUAUUAUCUUUAGUUCUUUCCUUAUAUUUAGAUUCAAGGUGGGCUCAAGGAUUUUUCCAGGGUAGAACUAAUGGAGGUGGCGUGCACAGCAGUGUUAGCUGUGUCACACAGGGAUGAGCGCGUGGGCCUGCCUGGCCUCAGUGACGCAUAUGUUGCUAUUUGUAGGUCUGCGCCGCAGUCCAGGUUAGGGUCAGUUUGAUAAAUGGUCUUUUAGUGGACCAAAAAAAAAAAAAAAAAAAAAAAACCAAA